UCCCAGCUUGCCUCUUCUUCUUUCUUCUGCUUCUAAAGCCCAUACAGAGACAGAUAGAGAAACCCUAAGUGCAAGUUGAUUGAAAGAGGACAAGAAGAUGUCGUCGACGUUGCUGGAGGUGACGCGCUCGGCGCACGAGGAUGUGGAGAGGCUGGAGAGGCUGAUAGUGAAGGACUUGCAGAACGAGCCGCCAAGCAACAAGGACCGCCUCUUCCAGAGCCACCGCGUCCGCCAAAUGAUCGACACCAUCAUAGCCACUACCGAGAAGCUCGUUGAGAUUUACGAAGAUAAAGAUAAUGCCAGGAAAGAUGAGAUUGCGGCUCUCGGAGGCCAAACUGCCACUGGAACCAAUGUGUUUAGUGCGUUUUAUGAUAGAUUGAAAGAGAUUCGUGAAUACCAUAGAAGGCAUCCGGCUGCUCGUGUUGUUGAUGCUAGUGAGGAGUACGAGACACUACUUAAAGAGGAACCGCAAAUCGAGUUCAGUGGAGAGGAAGCUCUUGGGCGAUACCUAGACAUGCAUGAAUUAUUCAAUCAGUACAUUAAUUCAAAAUUUGGAGACCCUUCUACUGAGUACUCUGCUUACCUUGAUAUUUUUUCACAACCACACAAGAUUCCCCGCAAACUGAAGUUAACAAGGCAAUACAGGGAAUAUAUGGAGAAUCUAUUGGAGUAUUUAAUAUAUUUUUUUCAUCGGACAGAGCCCUUGCAAGAUCUUGAUAGGAUAUUCUCAAAGGUUGUGACUGAAUUUGAAGAGCAAUGGUCAAACCAAAAGGUACAAGGAUGGGACAGCGAGGUUCAAGAAAAUGGACAUGUUGCUGCUGAGCAUACUGUAAUUGAUCUUGAUUAUUACAGCACAGUUGAAGAGCUGAUGGAAGUGGGUCCUGAAAAGUUGAAAGAGGCAUUGGCUGCGUUAGGACUAAAGGCUGGUGGCACUAUUCAGCAGCGUGCUGAAAGGCUUUUCCUUACAAAGGACACACCUCUUGAGAAGUUGGACAAGAAACAUUUUGCCAAAGGUGCACGCGUUUCAGAAGAAAACCGGGCCGCUGCAACUCUGGAGCUAGAUCACAAUUCAAAAGAAAUAGCCCUAAUUGAGGCCAAAAUGAAAAAACUCUGUGAAUUACUGGAUGAGCCGAUUGCUCGAACAAAAGACAAUAUUGUGAAGAAGCAGGCUUUGACAUAUGAGGAAAUUGAGGCAGAACGUGAGGAGGAGGAAACACAAGCUGAUACUGAAAGUGAUGAUGAAGAGCAGCAGAUUUAUAAUCCUCUCAAGUUACCGAUGGGUUGGGAUGGAAAGCCUAUACCAUAUUGGCUGUAUAAGCUACAUGGUCUUGGUCAGGAAUUUAAGUGUGAGAUAUGUGGGAACUACAGUUACUGGGGCCGUAGGGCUUUUGAACGGCAUUUCAAGGAAUGGCGCCAUCAGCAUGGAAUGCGCUGCCUUGGUAUUCCAAACACCAAGAACUUCAAUGAAAUCACAUCAAUUGAGGAAGCAAAAGAUCUGUGGAGGAAAAUACAAGAAAGGCAAGGAGUGAACAAGUGGCGCCCAGAUCUUGAAGAAGAAUAUGAAGACAGAGAGGGUAACAUCUACAAUAAGAAGACGUAUACCGAUCUGCAGCGCCAGGGAUUGAUAUGAGCACCGCAGUUAGAAAAAUUUUCAUGUAUCGAGUUUUCACUUUUCAGCACAAAGUGAGCCCUAGGGAAUUAAUUGCAAAUUGGUGAAACCAAAACGACUAAUUUUGUAUUCUUUCCAAAAUAGAAAGUCCCAAAAAUGUACCUUACCGAAGUAGUGGCGUGUUACUUGUACCUAAUCGCUUGUGUUUUUUCCAGCUGGGUUUAGUUUAAGUUACUCUAGCCUUGGUUUAGGUCGGCUGGGUUAGACUUAGCCCGUCAGUGUUGAAUGGGUUAUCACUCUGAUCUUCUCGUGAGAAAGUUUUUAUAUUAACUUGAGAUAUUUGCGUU